UAAGCGGAUGUGGAGCGCUGUCUCUUUGUGUUUCCGUCUGCGCUAAAGCUUUAGAUUUUAACGCUAUUUUCUUCGCUUAAACGAGUACAUUUUACACGAUACAAGAUGACGGAGUCUGCAGUUCGCAUACGGAAACUGCUGGAGUCGCCAAAUUUUGACCCGCAGCUUUACGUGAAAAUGUUGUCGCAGCAGUCGGACGGCGACAGCGAUUUGCAAGAACAUCGGCAGAAAAUCCAAAACCUGGCCGACGAAACGGCCCAAAAAAUGAAGAAAAACGUCUAUAAGAACUACAGGCAGUUCAUCGAGACGGCCAAAGAGAUUUCGUUCUUGGAGAGCGAAAUGUAUCAGCUGAGUCACAUUUUGACGGAGCAGAAGAGCAUCAUGGAGAGCAUCACUCAGGCCCUGCUGUCCACAGACAAGGACGAGACCUCCAAAGAAAUGCAGGCCGCCUUCCCCAAGGAAACAGAGGAGCUCAAGCAGAGAACGCUGACCUCUCUGCUGGAGAAAGUGGAGGGGGGUAAGAGCAUCAUGGACACGCCGGGGAGACACUUGGUCUACAAUGGUGAUCUCCAAGAAUAUGACGUGGACAACAUGUCCCCCAUCCAGAAGGUCCACGCUUUCCUGAUGAAUGACUGUCUCUUAAUCGCCACCUGGUUGCCAAACCGCCGUGGCGCAGUGAAGUACAAAUAUAAUGCUCUAUACGACCUGGAGAGCUUUGCUGUUGUCAAUGUAAAGGACAACCCUCCCAUGAAAGACAUGUUCAAGAUCCUCAUGUUCCCAGAUAGUCGUAUCUUCCAGGCGGAGAAUAGCAAAAUCAAGAAAGAGUGGCUGGAGAUCCUGGAUGAAACCAAGAAGAACAAAGUUACUAAGGACAGGAACAAGAAAGAACAGGAAGUUCCUGCGUCUCCAGCAAGGGCAGAAGUGUCCAGCUCCACCAAUCCUUUCGAUGAGGAUUAUGAGGAGCCAGCCAACACUGACGAAAGUGUGAACCUGAGCGUUGAGUGGCUCCAGGAACUACCGGAGGAUUUGGACGUCUGUAUUGCCCAGAGGGACUUUGAGGGUGCUGUGGACCUACUGGAUAAGUUCAACGAGUUUCUCAAAGAUCAGCCAGUCACUCAAAAGGUGAAAGAGCUCAGGUUCAAGGUGGAUGAGCGCGUUCGGCAGCUGACAGAGGUCCUGGUGUUCGAGCUCUCUCCAGAUCGGUCUCUUCGAGGAGGCCCCAAGGCUACACGGCGAGCUGUCUCCCAGCUGAUCAGAUUAGGCCAAUCCACCAAAGCUUGUGAGCUGUUUCUGAAGAACCGCGCCGCAGCGGUCCAAACGGCCAUACGGCAGCUUCGCAUUGAAGGAGCCACGUUGCUGUACAUCCACAAACUCUGCAACAUCUUCUUCACGAGCCUGUUGGAGACAGCCAAAGAGUUCGAGAUGGACUUUGCGGGAAACACCGGAUGCUACUCCGCCUUUGUGGUGUGGUCAAGAUCAGCCAUGAAGAUGUUUGUGGAUGCCUUCAGCAAGCAGGUGUUUGACAGUAAGGAGAGCCUGUCGACAGUAGCAGAGUGCGUUAAAGUGGCCAAGGAGCACUGCAAGCAUCUGAUUGACAUUGGACUCGACCUGACGUUCACCCUGCAGUCCCUGCUGGUCAAAGACAUCAAAGCAGCCCUGCAGAGCUACAAGGAUAUCAUCAUUGAAGCCACCAAGCACCGAAACUCUGAGGAGAUAUGGAGGAAGAUAAACCUUAUGACACCCGAGGCUCUUCUUAAACUCAAGGAGGAGAUGCGUAGCUGUGGCCUGGGCAGCUUUGAGCAGUACACUGGUGACGACUGCUGGGUGAACCUGAGCUACACCGUCGUGGCCUUCACAAAACAGCUGAUGAGCUUCUUGGAAGAAGGCUUGAAGCUCUACUUCCCUGAACUGCACAUGGUGCUGCUGGAGAGUCUGAGGGAGAUCAUCCUUGUGGCCGUGCAGCACGUGGACUACAGCCUCCGUUGCGAACAAGACCCCGAGAAGAAGGCCUUCAUCCUGCAGAACGCCACCUUCCUCCAUGAUAUUGUGCUUCCUGUGGUGGAGAGAAGGUUUGAGGAGAGUGUGGGCAAGCCGGCCAAACAGCUGCAGGACCUGAGAAAGAGCACCAGGCCUUUUCGAGUCAACCCAGAGAGUACCACAUCUGUGGUCUAAGAGACAGGAAAUACCUUGGAUCAUUUCACAAAAGGUUUGAUGUUGCAAUUAAUGAUUGUGGACAAGACACUGUACAUUGGCUGUUUUGGCAAUUUCAACUCUCCUUUUUUAAAAUGAUUGAUAUUUGUUGCUUUGUGAUGCAGGCACGAGAAUUCCCUGCAGAUCUGCAUAUAUCCACGUUUACACAAGACUAGUAUUCCACCAUAAAUACAGCAUUUGAUAAGGGGGGACUAGCGCAGUAUUAUCCAUGCUAGAUAAAGGUGCAUUCUUAUUGGUCAACAUAGAAUUCAUACAGUUGUGGUCCACAUCAUCUCAGUGCAGCCAUUUGAGAUGACGUUGCUAAAGAGUACUGUUACAGUUAUGCUGAUUGGUCAGAAUGUACUGUAUUUUUUUGGAGUACAAGUCAUUUUUUUAACUAGUUUGGGAGGUCCUGCGCCCUAUACUCCACUGUGACUUAUAUACUGAAAAAUCAUGGGUAUGAUAAUAAUAAUAAUAAUAAUCAUAAUAAUAAUAAUCUAUUUAUAUAAGCCUUUCCCAGGAAUCAACACACUAAACAAAAUAAACACAAUGAUAAAAGUACACUGCAACAGUGAAAGGAAAUCCCACAUUAAAGAGCUUAUUAAUAUAUGUAUGUAUGUAUAUGUAGUCUCAUAUUUUUGUUGUCAUGUUUCCAAUACUGUGCGUCAACAGUUUGUGUUCAUCUGUCAAAUAACAUCCAAUAUUUUGUCCAAUGCACAUACUGUUUGUCCAUCUUACUUAUUUUUGGAAUUUAAGUCCUUAUGUAACAGCGCAUGCUGUGGUGUGCACAUGCCUCUUAUCCAGCAUUGGAAAAGGCUACAGCGAUCAUAUCAAUCAAUUGCUCUAAUUGUCAGGACACUAGUCUUGUGCAAAGCGCUGAUGUAUGGACUUCUCUGGGAAUUGUCAUACCCUGCACGUUGAGUCGAGGAUACAGCAAGUCAUUGUCCAGUAUUAGCUUCAAAGCGAAAUCUAGGGAUCUUACAAGAAUCUUUUCUUGAGACUGCGAUUGCAGAAAAUGCGCAUAAUGUUUAACAACUAUAACAAUGAAAAAGUUUGAAACCUAGGCUUGAAUUGGCAAGUAGGCACAAAGGAAAACUAUGAACUGCUGUUCUUAGCUCGUCGUUAUACAAAGGCAGAGCAGGUCUAGGAACUGCUUGACUCUGUGUGAAUGUCUGUCUGUGUGGUCAGUGUGUAUGCAGUAUCUCGACAAAGACUUCAUGUGUCAAGGUGAAAGUUGGUGCACAAGGUCACCUCACUAAAACCUCAAUAAUUCCAUCAUUGUUGUCAUGGGUGCCCUCCUCACUCAUCUAGUUUGUGCACAACCACAGCAUGUCAGAUUUACCCAUACUUUCUUAAUGCUUGACAUAAUUUGAGUGGGACACUUUAGGUACAUAAAUAUAAAUCGAUUCAGGACAUUUUAUCUGCUGGCUUGUCUACAGUCUACAAGUUAAUGACUGUCCUGCAACUUUGGCCUCUAUGUGGUGCAUACCUGGCUUCAUAGGUGGUAACAAAAACGUAAUGACACACCUGGGUGCCAAAGACCUUAGUGGGCACUUUUGGCACUUGAAAAAUGUGGCAACACAGGGAAACUCUGACAGCAUUCUCCUUAUGUUCCUGUACCUACCAUUAACGUGAAUUUUUGCCCAUUUAGUGUCCUGCCACUUUGACCCACCACUUAUCUAACCUCCAUAUCACCAAUGUCUUCUUUAAAAUUGUACAUGUUAUUAAAGCUUAUAUCUAACACGAGGUGGGCAGAGGUUAAUGGAAUUGAGGCUUCUGGAAUUGAGAGAAAUUACAAACAAGCUCAUUUCAAACGACACUUCAGAACCUCAUAUAUUGAAAUAAAUAGGCAAAGAAGAAGUUCUUUGUGGCUGUAUUCAUACAGAAUUCUUUCAGUAGGGUUGUGUGGAGGUGUGGCUUUUAUUUUGAGUUUUCAAACAGAACUGCUGUGAAACAAAGGUAACGGUUUACUUCUCUAACUUAAUUUUGAUCUGAUUUGUAUAAUUUGGACCCUGCUCAUUUAAAAAAAAAAAAAACCCUGCAGUAUUUUAAAUCUUGUGCAUUAAAUUCUUUUUUUCCCCCCAUAAAACAAAGUAUGUUGCAGAAUCAUACUGCCCCAGAAGAACAAGAGUUCAAAUCGCUAAAAGCCCAUUAUUGCUGUGAUACUCAUGUCCAUCUAAGCAUGUGACUACACAUACACAAACCAUUUUCUCAAACUCACCAUCACUUUAAGACAACACUGAUGAUAUUGGCCAAUAAUUGUGGGGAAAAACACACACACAUAUAUAAAUCCAUAUUAGUGCAUUAAAUAUGAAAUGAUUCUGUUGUAACAUUCUCUUGGUCAUUGUGAACUUUUUUUGGUGUCCAGAAAGUUGUCUCCCAUCGUUAUGUGGAUGUCAGAGAAAAUGUUCCAUCUUUGUUCAACUUUUUCAGGCUGAACAGAAUCCACAUUAUGACUGAUCACAAGGGACGACUGAAAAAUAAAUACACUUAAAAAUUCUCUUUUAUAAUUAUGUGAAACCAUUGUGAAAUAAAA